AUGCGGUCGACUACCAGCUAUGCGCUCGAGCUCCUGACGCUCGCGACCAUCCUCGGAUCCCUCCCGGCAGUGCUUGGUCAUGGCCACGAUGACGACGGCGGCAUGGAUAUGGACAUGGGCGCCGAGGAGCCGAAGCUCGAUCCAGACUCGUAUCCGCCGACAUAUUUCACGCAUCCCGAAUAUGCCACCCUCAUAUACGCGCACAUCGCGCUGAUGGUCAUAGGAUGGGUUAUUAUGCUACCCACAGCCGUCAUGCUAUCGAUUGCGCGAUCACGAUAUACCCUCGCGCUUCAGUUCGUCUUCCUCCUUACGAAUGCGAUCGGCAUCCUAGUAGGACUCAGCUACAAUGCGAAGACGCCCGAUCUAUACCCGAAUAACGCACACCACAAGCUCGGCUGGCUGGUCACCUGGGUCGUGAGCGCCCAGGUCAUGGUUGCCGUGGUGGGCCGCGUCGCCGGCGUCGUCGGCAGAAGUGGCGCGCAGGGGCAUCGCAAGGAGGAAGCGCAGGCGUUCAUGCCCGUUUCGACGGAAGCCAUGGCCGAGCAUGAGCGCAUCAAUGACCCCAUGUACUCGGAUCCGUACAGGCACUCGAACGAUAGCGGCCAGGGCACGGAACCCAACAGCGAGUCUUUGCGAAGCAGCUCUCUGUCAACACUCGCGGGGCAGGAGUCGCCAAUCGAGUUGGACGGCCGCAGAGUGCAGUACGACGAUGAGGAGGACCUUGAGUUCAAGCCCGCCGAGAUGCUGCCCUACAGGAAAUCGCGCUCAUUCGUUGCCUGGGCCGCCGGCAAGGUGUCGGACAGGGCUUGGAGAGCCGUGAUGCUGGGCUACAAUCUGGUCGACAGGACCAUACUUAUCCUGGGCUAUGUCACACUCUGCACUGGUGUCAUUACGUAUGCUCGCUUCUUUGAGGGACACGAGAUUUUCAGCGGUCUAGCACAUUGGAUCAAAGGGGGCAUAUUUUUCUGGUACGGAGUCUUGACUUUGGGAAGAUGGUCUGGAAGCUUUGCCGAGCUCGGCUGGGCAUGGAACGUUCGUCCGAAGCAAAGCUCUCGGAAAUGGAGGCCCACGGCAGAAUUUGUCGAGGGUGCUCUCAUCUUCACAUACGGCGCGACCAACAUCUUCCUCGAGCAUCUUGGCGCUGCCGAUAGCAGCUUUAGCGCCCAGGAUCUCGAGCACGUCUCCAUCACGGUGCUGUUCCUUGGAGGUGGCAUGCUGGCGAUGCUUGUCGAAUCGACGCGCAUUCGCGACCUCCUCAAUACCACGGUGACCGAGGCCGCACUCUCGCACGCAGGCCACGAUUACACGGACGAGGAACGCGAAGCACUGGAAGCGCCGAAGCAGUAUGAGUUCUCGGUCAACCCUGUUCCGGCACUGGUGGUCCUGUUGCUUGGCAUCAUGAUGAGCUCGCACACGCAACAGUCCAUGAUCUCUAGCAUGGUGCACAAGCAAUGGGGCAACCUCUUGGCGGGCGCUUCAUUCGCACGUGGACUCACGUACGUGUUGCUGUACCUCAAGCCGCCACGCUCGAUCCUGCCGUCGCGACCACCGACCGAGUUGCUUACUGCCUUUGCUCUCAUCUCUGGAGGCACAAUCUUCAUGGCGAGUAGUGGCGAUACCAUCAAAGGGAUGGAGCACUACGACCUGGAUGCCAUGUUCUUCUACACGGUCACCAUGGGAAUGGUUGGUCUUGUCAUGGCAUGGAUCGUGCUGCUCUUGGCGUUCAAGGGGUGGGCUGUGCGCAUCGAGUCCGGCCGGUCACCGAAGUCCUGGGCGCUGUCAAGAGUCUAA